UGAGUUAGGAUUGUGAGAUUAUUUAAAUCUGACCGCACCUGCUUUACUCACAGGAAGUUAAGUAACAUCAGCAAAACGGGGAAGUUUGGUCUGUUGCACUGAACUCAGAAAGAAAUUAACCAUAUCUCGCUUCACAGCCUACGAUUCCUACGUGAUCUUUUCUUUGGACCUGUUUGGUGAUGGGUUUUAUGGCAGCUUUACCUGCGAGUGUGGUGAUACUGGGUCUCAUCUUUCUUUCUGGCACUUUGGCUGAUUGUCAGUUAGGCACAGGCCUGUUCAUUACCUCACCGAAAAAGAUGGAAGCACUGAGUGGAUCUUGUUUACAUAUCCCAUGUAACUUUAGUGUUAAAUCAGGAGCAGGAUUUGACAACAAAAAAACUAUCAUUGGAGUUUGGAUUAAAACAGAUGAAAGGUUUGCCACAUUUCCAGGCAAUGUUGUCUUCAAUAGCAGCAAUCCAUACAACAUCUAUCCAAUGAAUAUCACUGGAAACCUGACGCAGAAAAACUGCUCCACUCUGUUUUCUAAUAUAAACAUAAGUCAUGCAGAUAAAUACUUCUUCAGAAUUGAGAACGGAGCGUUCAGAGCAACAGCUCUUUGUAAUGAUAGUCAAAUAAGCGUAGAAGAUUCUCCUCAGAAACCCAGAAUAGAAAUCUCAGGUGAUGUGAAGGACCUGAAGGAGAAGGAGUCUGUCACUAUAACCUGCUCAGCUUUCACUCCCUGUCCACACUCCCCUCCUGAACUCACCUGGAAUCUCCAACAAGACACUCACAGACAAACAGAGGAAAACACAGAUGGAACCUUUACAACUAAAAUCCAGCAGAACAUCACUCUGUCAGACACACAUGAUGGAUACAACAUCACAUGUUCUGCCAGAUAUCCUGUAGAUGGAGGAAAACGUGUGAAGACAUCAGAGACAGAAGAGACUCUCAGUGUUUCAUAUGCUCCUAAAGACACCUCAGCAUCCAUCAGUCCAUCAGGUUUGGUGUCAGCAGGUAGCUGGGUGAAGCUGAACUGCUCCAGCAGAGCCAAGCCUCCCGUCAGCAGCUUCACCUGGUUCAAGAUCAGCACAGAGGGACCCGUUAAUGUGUCUGAGGAACCGGUUCACAGCUUCAAUGCAACGGAUGGAGGAGUUUAUUACUGUGUGGCUGCAAAUAAACUGGGAAACCAGACGUCCCAAGAAAUCCGUCUUAGUGUUACAGGUUUGUCAGAUGGAAAUACUGCUGUUCCCUGGGAGGCUGUUCUUGGGGGAAUAAUUGGGAUUCUUCUCAUUGUUGUGUGUGGUUGUGUUUAUUGGAGGAAAACAAAGGCGACAAAUUCAAAUGAACAUCAGCUCCAGAAUGAAACAAGCAAAGAGAAGGCUGUUCAAGAACUGAGAAGGAAAUCAGAACAAGGAGAAGAAGAAAACAUCCAUUAUGGAGAGAUUAAAUUCUCCAUGCGAACACCGGAUCCGUCCUCUGCAUUGGUGCAAGACAGAAAAGACCUGGAAACGGUGUAUGCACAGGUUAAAGCAUCUGGGCCGCCAACCAGUUUAAGAGAAAUGGUCAAUGAUCCAGAAGGUCUUUAUGCUCAAGUGAAGAAAAAUUAGCUUUUGUUUUGCUUGUUUUGGAUUCAAAAUAAACAUGUUCAAUAUUUCACUUCUACCAAAGUCUUAUUGGACAUAAAGGACACUGGGACGCUGUUUAGUUCCUCAAAAGGAAACUUUUAACCUCCAACCUUGCAGCUUUUUUGAUGUGUGUGCUGACCACACACAUCUGCUGUCAUGUGAUUUUGUUGUGUGGAUGUAACGAAGCUGAGGUUCGUUACGUUACCUGGGACUUGUAAAUAUUGUAUAGCACACUAUUUGGUUUUCAUAUACAAUUUCAUUAAUUGACAGUUUGGUACUUAAAGAAUUACAAUUAUGCACAAAGGUUGAACUGUUUAUUUAAUACUGAUGUGGUUUGUUUUACAGAUACCUGCAAAGACAGCCGUUAACAGUGAUAGGCAGAACAUUGGGUGUAAAUUUGAAGUCCAUAGGUAAUUUAAUGGAGCUUUACUUACCUGGCACAUGGCCUCUCCAGGGUGACCGGGCAAAUGGGUUUCAGGUGGCCUGGAUUUCUUUUAAUGAUUUGGGAGAGACCAUGUGGCAGGAAGAUUUUUGGAGUUAUUUGUAUAUUGGGUUUUUGGUUUAACUUUAUGGUUGUCAUAUUAAGUAUAUAGUCUGUAAAUAUUUUUAGCUUUUGUAAAAUUAAUUUUAAUAGAGAAAUGUGUUUAAUUGAGAAGGCACCUGUUGGGGGAAUGGUACAGCCCAAUCAGCAGCAGAGAAUAAAUGAGGAGGAUUUGCUCAUUUGAGGUGUGGCUGCUGAUGGCGACUGGACUACCCUGUUCUGUUGAACCGAUGAUUGGUAAAUAAAAACCUUUUUUGGAUUGGAUUCUGCGGUCCUCGCCUCACUGUUUUCCAGCCGCUCUUAGGCCAGCCAGCUCACAGUGGAGCUCACAU